AUGUGUGUUAUUUACAUUCACUCAUGCCUCUCUCUCUCUCUCUCUGUCUCAGGACUAGGAGGUGCAGAUGUGGUGCUGUCCUGUUCUUACAUAGAGGAGGGUGGGGGAAUGGGAGGAAUGGGUGGAAUAGGGGGUGGAGCUAUGUUCUCUCGUACCCCUUCCACUCUGGUCCUGAGGGACAUGGCUGAGACCUCUGACCUCGAAACUGUGACCCCCUACAACCCCCCUGAGACCCCUAAUGCGGACGACCUCAUCUUUGAGGUCAAAGUAUCGUCAGUGGAAAUCCCUGGCGCAGAUAUUCUUCUUCAUGCAGAUUGUAACGAGCAGGAAGUGACCUGCGAGAUAAGCCAAUACAUUCCCCGGGGGAAGGACCCGGACGCCCUUCCGGCUCAUUUCAUUGGUUCCCUGCAGGUGGUUGGAGGCGGGCUCAGUCUCACCAUAGUGCUACAGACAUUGUCGGAGGAGGAAACAGAAUCGGGCGCCACGCCUCUGAUUCAGAGCAAACUUAAACUCCCUCUCAGCCAAUCAGGCACCUUGCUGACCCAAACUGUGUACGUGGUGUAUUCUCGUUCGCCAUCUGUCGCCGCUCCGAUAGGCGGCGAUGCUGCUCUGGACUGCGGCUUUAGGCAGCAGAACGAUAUGCCCCCGCAGCAGGAAGUGGGGCUGGAGUGGAGGCUCCAGCACAAAGGACACGGGCGGAGAAUUCUGGAAUUGAAAGCAAAGGAGGCGGAAGGAGAAGAGGGGUCAAAAGUGGAUGUGGAGCGGGAGGGAGCGAGUGCAGACUCCGCCCUGCUGGUGAGCGAGGGAAAUGCAUCUCUGUCUCUGACAAAGCUGAAAGUGUCUGAUGAAGGGACGUACAUCUGCACCGUGGGCUCCGGAGACUUCCAGACCCAGCAAGUCAUUCAGCUCCAGAUCACUCAGCCUCCCCGCGUCUCACUCUCGGAGGAGAAGCUGACAUUAGACGGAAAGUCACCCCAGAAACUGAGUUGCCACUGUCAUCGCUACUACCCUCUGGAUGUUAAGGUGGAAUGGUUGUCUUUCCCUCCAUCUGCAGAGGAGGCUGUUGAUUUUUCAGAGGAGGCCUCUCUGUCUAGUCAUCGCCAGCACAGUGACGGGACCUUCUCUCUCUCGUCACACCUCUUUCUGCGCCCGUCUGAACACCCGCCCGGGACCGUCGUCACCUGCAGGGUUUCUCAUCCAGCACUGGAUGCGCACACUGAACACAGCCUCACUGUAGAGACUCCUGCCGAGAAGUCUUAUUGGAUGAUACUGGUAAUGCUAGUGUUGACUGGCCUGUUCUUCUACCAGUUGUUGAAAUAG